GACGGUGACACCAAGGUGGAAUAUCGCGCCUGGAACCCGUUUCGUUCCAAACUGGCGGCCGCCAUCUUGGGUGGCAUCGACCAGAUCCACAUCCGCCCGGGGACGAAGGUCCUUUAUCUGGGUGCCGCCUCGGGGACAACCGUGUCCCACGUCUCCGACAUCGUGGGACCGGAGGGGUUGGUUUACGCCGUGGAGUUUUCUCACCGCUCGGGCCGUGACCUCAUCAACGUGGCCAAGAAACGCACCAACGUCAUCCCCGUCAUCGAGGACGCCCGCCACCCCCACAAGUACCGGAUGCUCAUUGGCAUGGUGGACGUGAUCUUCGCGGACGUGGCGCAGCCGGACCAGACGCGCAUCGUGGCGCUCAACGCCCACAACUUCCUGCGCAACGGCGGCCACUUCGUCAUCUCCAUCAAG